AGAGCUGUCGGCCGGGACUGGGGGUAGGCUAUCUCCGAAAUAAUCUGCCCACGCGUUAAGCUGCUUUAUCCCCGCCAAGCCUCAGCCGGACAGACACUGCUGCAGCUCCGCUACAGCUCAGACUCAGGUCGGCAUCACAGUGGGAGAGAAGAAAAAAGUGAAACAGGCUGCGGGGGACAAGUUUGAGAAAUCUUUUCCAGAGCGAGGGGAAGAGUGUGUGUGUGUGUGUGUGUGUGCGUGUGCGUGUGCUCGGUGUGCAGCACGCAUGGAGACCUGACUGGACCCUGACGCGCAGACCUGACGCUCAACCUGCCGCCGCGCGUUCAGUGUGGGAGGCAGGAGCCACAGAACAAAGUCCACACCGGGAAUUUAACCACAGCGAGAAGCUGGCACCGGAGGUCUGGGCAUGGACAACACUGGAUUUUGGAUAUUCCUGAUAACAACUUGUCUCUUUCCAGGUAUAAAUGGCCAGACGGUGGAAAUGGAUGAUGGGAAGUCAGGGUAUGUUGGCUCAAAGGUGGAUCUCCGCUGUCGGUUCAUCAACAGCUCCCCGCCUGUCAAAAUCUCCCAGGUGACAUGGCAGAAACUGGUGAACGGCACAAAGCAGAACGUGGCGAUCGCCAACCCCUCCCUCGGCGUGUCCGUGGCCCCGCCCUACAGGGACCGCGUCACCUUCAAGAACGCAGCGGUGAGGCGACGGACUCCGACUCUUGAGGACACCACCAUCACCUUCUCCUCCCUCCGCCUGUCUGACGAGUCCACCUACAUCUGCGAAUACACCACGUUCCCCGCUGGGAACCGAGAGAACACUGUAAACCUCACCGUCUACGUUCGCCCGACGACUCAGAUGAGCCUGUCCACGCCAACGCUGGUGGCUCGUUCAUCCAAUCUGAAAACACCGGUGGCCACCUGCAUCUCUGCUAAUGGAAAACCACCCGGCACCAUCAGGUGGGAGACGAGGGUGCCGGGAGAAGUGACCACUCGAGAAUACAGAAACUCAGACGGGACGUUCACCGUUCAGAGUGACUACAUUUUGGUGCCCAGCAAAGAUACACACAAGGAGACACUCACCUGUGUCACCAGCUACAACGAGGAGGUCUUCACUGACAGCGUCACCCUCGAUAUUCAGUAUGAGCCAGAUGUUUCUGUGGAUGGGUUUGAUGGAAACUGGUACCUGAACCGAGAGAACGUCCAGCUGAGCUGCCAAGCUGAUGCCAACCCAGCCGUCUCUCUGUAUCAAUGGAGACUGGUUAAUGGCUCCAUACCGAGCAGCGCUGAGAUCCGAGACAACGUCCUCACCUUCAAAGGGCCGGUCACAUAUGACGUGCAGGGCACCUAUGUGUGUGAUGCCACCAACAGCAUCGGGACACGGUCAGCCUCUGUGGAGGUCAGCAUUAUAGAAAAGCCACUACCACAGAUUGCAACAGGUGAUGUCAUCAGCGUAGUUGCCUUACUACUGGCUGCUGGAGUGCUCAUGGGCAUCACUAUCACGGUCCUCGUGCUCAAAAUAAGAAGCAGAAAAGACGACUCCUCAAGUGACUCUCCGUCCAGAAAACUGUCCCAGCCCAUAAGGAAAAGACCAGGAGAUGACAUCCAGCACUCAGGACGGUUUUACGAAGAGCUCCCGAACACAGCGGACUACGUGAGCUACAGACUGGCCUGCAACAAAGAGGACUACCCGGAGCCCUACUCCCCUCCCAUCAACCCUCCUCUCUCAUUUCUGCCUCAACACCCGUACCCCUCCUCACAGCCAACCAGCGGCAGCAGCACCACCACCACGUCAAAAAACACCUUCUCCCCUCCUUCACACACCACGGCCAUCUUUAAAUACCCAUCGGUACAGGGCCUGUCUUCUCCUCCCCCGGGAGUGGCGGCGUACACUUUUCCCAAAGAGCAGUACGUCUGAACCUUGUUACAAACUCAGAACCCAUUUCGAACCAGAACCCUUCCCCAAGAGGAGGCUGUUGUUAAACCGUGGACUACCAGGCAGUGUCUCUGCACUGUUCUGCACCGUUGUGGAUGACUCUGGAAGUCAAAGGACAUGCAGCUCGUGUUUUUGGACUCGACGUUCAGUUUCGAAAAAAACGCUUUCUCUCUUGCGUCCGGUCUUUAAUUGUGUUAUCUGUUCUUUGAAAAAAAGGGAAAAUUGUUGAACACACACUUCAUAUGUUUGCCAGUGAGUUUUAGUUUUAGAAUGGCGGAAGGUCAAGUUAACGAUGAUUUGACUGUCAUAGGAAAUAUUUAUAUUGCAUGGAUGUAUUACAUUUGAUUGGAAACACGCCUGCUACUGAAUGGAUAGGAUUAUCUCUUGAUGUCCAGUGUGGUUGACCCCUUAUUUUAUCCUCUAUGUUAUAAUUUUGUAAAAAAAAAAAAGAAAAAAAAGAAAGAGGAACCAGAAACAGUAUUAUACUGUCCUACCUUAUCAGCAAUGCCCAUUCUCUUUAUCCCGCGUCAUCCUCACUGACAAUCCCUUUACUGAGGAACAGCGGAUCUGACCUUUUGAGUUUACCUCCUGAUCUGAUGUAAGACUUUUACCGUGCUUGUAUUUUCUAUCGUUUAUGUUUUUUUCUUUGCAAAGGAACAAAAAAAAAAAAAAAAGAGAACAUUUUUAUUUACUGAAGACAUUUUGUCGAUUUAUGAAACUGUUGAUGUUUUUAUUCGUGGUAUCUGUGGGUUUUAGUAUUCAUUGACGCUGGUUGUUGGAUGAGCCUUGAAUUUUUAGCAUUUCAAUAAAAAUCUUCAAGUCUGCA